GGUACUAGCGGCAAGUCGGUGUCGCCGCAUGACGAUCGACUCGGAGGUGCUUGCGCAGCGAUUCAUUCGUUCGGCGGUGACAAUGGCGGCAGACCUCGAGCAGUUCCAACAGCUUUUAAACACACUCCUAAGCACCGACAACGAUGUCCGGACGCAAGCCGAGGAAGCGUACAACAGCCUGCCAGUGGAGAAUAAGGUGACAUUCUUGCUCGGCUCGAUCUGCAAUGCUACACUUGCCGAGGAAAUGCGCGCAAUGGCUGCAGUCCUACUUCGAAGAUUGUUUUCUUCAGAGUUCAUGGAUUUUUAUCCCAAAAUUCCACCAGAAGCUCAAAUUCAGCUGAAGGAGAGAAUCUUACUCUCUGUUCAAACGGAACAAGCUGAUACAAUCAGACGUAAGGUAUGCGAAGUUGCUGCCGAAGUUGCACGAAAUCUUAUCGAUGAUGACGGAAACAAUCAGUGGCCAGAAUUUCUUCAGUUCCUAUUCCAGUGUGCCAAUGGGCCAGUCCCUGCCCUCAAAGAGAGCGCUCUCCGCAUGUUCACGUCUGUACCUGGUGUUUUCGGAAACCAGCAAGCACAUUACUUGGAUCUAAUAAAGCAGAUGUUACAGCAGUCUGUGCUGGAUGCAACGAAUUACGAAGUGAGAUUUCAAGCAGUCCGGGCGAUCGGCGCCUUCAUCAUGCUGCACGAGAAGGAGACAAAUAUCCAGAAACAUUUCUCAGAGCUGCUGCCAGCAGUGGUCCAGGUCAUGGCGCAGUCAGUCGAGAAGCAAGAUGAUGAAUUUUUGAUCAAGGUUCUUAUCGACCUGGCAGAGUCGACACCAAAGUUCCUGCGACCCCAGCUGGAAAACAUUAUGGAGAUGUGCAUGAAAAUAUUCUCCAACGAAGAGAUGGGAGACUCCUGGCGCCAGCUAGCGCUUGAAGUCUUGGUUACACUGGCCGAAACCGCGCCAGCCAUGGUGCGCAAAGUAGGAGGAAAGUACAUCGCCGCUCUGGUGCCGCUCGUUCUCAAGAUGAUGACUGACCUUGAGGAAGAUGAGGAGUGGAGCUUUUCUGAUGAGAUUAUCGAAGAAGACAACGACAGCAAUAACGUCGUUGCUGAGAGCGCUUUAGACAGGCUGGCAUGUGGCCUUGGCGGCAAGACGAUGCUGCCGCAAAUUGUACAGAACAUUCCAACGAUGCUUAGUAACACAGACUGGAAAUAUAGACAUGCAGCUCUGAUGGCCAUAUCGGCAGUCGGUGAAGGCUGUCAUAAGCAGAUGGAGGCCAUACUGCCGCAGAUCAUGGAUGGGGUUAUACAGUAUCUCCAGGAUCCUCAUCCGCGCGUCCGUUACGCUGCUUGCAACGCUGUGGGGCAAAUGUCAACUGAUUUCGCACCAAUUGUUGAAAAAAAGUUUCACGACAAAAUAAUACCUGGCUUGCUAAUGGUGCUAGAUGAUAAUGAGAAUCCUCGAGUGCAAGCGCAUGCCGGCGCGGCGCUAGUCAACUUCAGUGAAGACUGUCCGAAGAACAUCAUGACUCCUUAUCUUGAUGUUAUCAUGGCAAAGCUCGAAUCUAUACUCACGGCAAAGUUCCAAGAACUGGUCGAAAAAGGCACAAAGCUUGUUUUAGAACAGGUUGUGACCACGAUCGCUUCGGUUGCCGACACGUGCGAGGAACAGUUUGUGGCUUACUACGACCGGCUGAUGCCGUGCCUGAAGUACAUUAUCCAGAAUGCAAAUCAACAAGAGCAUAAAAUGCUCAGGGGAAAGACCAUUGAGUGCGUCAGCUUGAUCGGCCUGGCGGUUGGACCAGAGAAGUUUAUCACCGACGCUAGCGAAGUAAUGGACAUGCUGCUGAAGACACAUUCAGAAGGUGAACUUCCAGACGAUGAUCCUCAGACUAGUUACCUCAUUUCCGCAUGGGCUCGGAUUUGUAAAAUUCUUGGCAAACAGUUCGAACAAUACUUGCCACUGGUGAUGGGUCCGGUCCUCCGUACAGCUGCGAUGAAGCCAGAGGUAGCCCUCCUGGACAACGAAGACAUGGAGGGCGUUGAGGGAGACUUGGACUGGCAAUUCGUUUCCCUUGGGGAGCAGCAGAAUUUCGGCAUAAAGACUGCGGGUCUAGAGGAUAAGGCCUCGGCCUGUGAAAUGCUUGUUUGUUACGCCCGCGAAUUGAAAGAUGGUUUCGCCGAUUACGCUGAAGAAGUCGUCAGACUAAUGGUCCCCAUGCUCAAGUUCUACUUUCAUGACGGCGUCAGAACCGCGGCAGCGGAAAGCUUGCCGUGCUUGUUGGACUGCGCCAAAAUUAAAGGACCUCAAUACCUGGAAGGUAUGUGGGCGUACAUUUGCCCCGAGUUGCUAAAGGCCAUAGAUACGGAGCCAGAAUCUGAGGUUCUGUUAGAGUUGUUAUUCUCCUUAGCUAAGUGUAUUGAGACUCUGGGCGCCGGGUGCUUGGGUACGCAACAAAUGGCUGAACUCCUCAGGAUUCUUGACAAAUUAUUGAACGAGCACUUUGACAGGGCCGUUGCGAGGCUGGAAAAACGCAAAGAUGAAGAUUACGACGAGAUGGUAGAAGAGCAGCUGGCCGAUGAGGACAAUGAAGACAUAUACACACUGAGUAAAAUCGCUGACAUACUACACGCUCUCUUCACAACGCACAAGUCCUCGUUUUUCCCAUACUUCGAUCAAAUUUGUGGUCACUUCGUGAACCUUCUGGCGCCUGAACGUUCAUGGCCGGAUCAUCAGUGGGCCUUGUGCGUUUUCGACGACGUGAUAGAGUUCGGCGGAUCGGACUGUGCCAAGUAUCAAGAGUACUUUCUGCGGCCGAUGAUACAAUAUGUCUCCGACAAGUCCGCGGAGGUGAGGCAGGCAGCCGCCUACGGUUGCGGUGUGCUCGGACAGUACGGUGGUGAGGCUUUCGCUCAAGCCUGUGCCGAGGCCUUGCCGAGGCUGAUGGAGGUUAUCAACGACCCGGAGUCCAGGUCGCCGGAGAACGUCAAUCCCACGGAAAACGCGAUUUCGGCGGUUACGAAAAUACUGAAGUAUAACAGCAAGGCGAUCAACGUCGACGAUAUGCUACCUCAUUGGUUGUCGUGGUUGCCGGUCGUGGAAGAUGAGGACGAGGCGCCGCAUGUAUACGGCUACCUCUGCGACCUUAUAGAAAGCAAUCACCCCGUGGUUCUCGGACCGAACAAUGCAAAUUUACCUCGACUAAUCAGCUUCUUCGCCGAAGCGCUUUUUAAGGAUGCGGUGCCGGCCGAAAAUCCCGUAAUGGCCAGGAUUCUCAGUAUCGUUAGACAGAUCCAGAACAACGAGACAAUGUUCCAGGCCUGCAUAAGCGCCCUGACGACGGAUCAGCAGCAGGCUCUCCAUGAAGCACUCAGCGGCCAGCCAGUCAACUAGCCCCACUCCCCGUCCUCUUCUUCCUCCAUGUUUCGCACCGCCCGAAGACUCCGUUCAACGAAUGGAAGUCCUAGUUCGUAAGCGCUCUAUGCAGUAAACGGCAAACUUUAGGUAGAUAGAUUUUACUUUAUCUGGAUACCGAAAUGCGUUUGCCCCGGGUUAUGAGGAAUUUGCGCAACCCUGAGGCAAACGCAUCGGUCGUUUGUUGUUACACACAUCAUUGGAUGACGAAUAUUUUGCUGCCAUACGAAUUUCCCCGUUGAUUUGUUCUUGUUACUCUCAUCUCACACUGAACAUUAUUCUGUCUCUUUGCGUUUUUACAAAUUUGUACCCCCUCUUAAUCGAUUGUGCGAUGUCGAAACGCGGUCUUGUAGAAAAACUACUAUCGCAAUCACGUCGAAAAUGACACUCGUUCGCAUCGGUGACGACGAUCGUCUUGCGACGGUGCAAGGGGAAAAUAAACGAGCGUUGACGAUCGAGGAGAGCCUGUUAGACUGGAGGCCACCGUCGCGGCAAGCAUAAGGUGGCGGCACGAGAUUGUGAUUUAGGUAUUUUAUAUUAUUAAAUUUAGGUACAAUAAAUGUUAUUUAAUGAGAUAAUGUCGGUAAUAUUGCACUGGUGAGAAAAAGCUAGACCGGCUUAAGACGCUGAUGCUAUUUACAUGAAACAGCUAGCGCAUGUUGACUUUGGAGCACUUGUCUGACUUUUACUUUACUAAAUAUGUCGUGCCGUAUGUAGAUACAUUUUAACCCUGGAUCCGACGCUCCUUAUAGAUUUCUUUCUGUCUUUCUCACUCUCCUUUUCUCCUCUUUCUCAAGACAGAUGAGAUCUUGGGAGUGAAUUUCGUCGGAGGUCGUGUUGAUUUUGGCACCACGAGCGAAUUGAUGUAUGUUUACACAUAUUAUACGAAGGCAAAGGGUGAGUGAUGUGUUACGGGGUCUCAGCAUACUUCGUUUCAACCUAAUUUGAGAAAAAUACCUAAUAAGAAUUGAAAGAUGCUUUAGAAUAGCGAUCCCAAAGCGUAGCUUUUUUAUAACUAAUUUUAUACGUUAUCCUGGAAGAAAAUAAAGAAAAAAAGAAAAUCACUAUUUCCCUAAUCAUGACUAAUUGCGUAGUUAACGAUACGUGCAUUCGGAAGAUGCGUGCACAAUUUUCAUGCAAUUGCCAGUGAUCGUCCGAUCGUUCUUUUGAUGAUACAGAAAAAAAAUCCCACCAACUUCCCAAUUUAAAUUCACGAUUAACUUGGAAGACAAUCGCUAUAAAAUACAGCGGUACGCAUUGCGAGUACAUACAUUUAUGUAGAUUAAUUAUAAAUUUUACAUUUCACCACGCGCAGCAUCUCUUAAUCGUGUCCAACCCGUCUAAUAGACCUCGGGGUAUAAUCAGACUAAAAUUGAAUAUGCGCGCGGCGAGCGGCUCUCCUUAACUUUGAAUGAUAUGAGCAAUGAGUUUUUAUUCAAAUUGAUUUGUAGAGUAAAAGAGACGCACAGCUUGAAUGUCGGCAAUUGCUCUAUCGAUUGCGCCACGGAGGUGAAAGACUUUGGAAACGAUAAGCGUCUACUAAAUACAACAAUGUGACAUACGUGCGAUACGAGCAUACAGAUUUGUUACAAUUCAUUUAAUCGGCAAUCGCAUAUACAUGCAUACUAUAGUAGGUCUUGAUGAAAAGCUUGAUGCAAGAAAAUAAAAAACGAUGAAAAGGAAAUAAAAUAUAGAGAGAAUAGAAAAUCGACUGUGAGAAUUAAGUGUGACUAACUACAUCUCGUUCUCGUUGCUAUUUAUUUAAACUUAUUUACUACACUAUUAUUAUUGUUAUUAUUAUUAUUAUCUACCAUAAAUCGUAGCUAUUAUUACACCGUUAGAAUUAAUGAGUGUAUACUCGAAAAAUUUCACCACUGACCGCAGGCGUAGUCAAUUGAUUCCGAUAGAGGUUUUUUUUUCUCCCCAAACGAUCGAAGGUAUGGAGUAAUACUAGAAAAUCGUCUGUGUUUCUUUUGCUCCUGUGUCGUUUUUAAUAUUAUUAAUGAUAAAAAAAAAUUCUACCAUUAUUAAGAUUCUUCUGUACAUAUUGAAGGAAUGUACAUAAAUGUUAAGGAACACAUUGAGUGACCAAUUGCAAUAUAACGUAUUGCAGGUGUUUGGGAUCCAUCGUGUUUGCCCAUGCAGAUUUUAGACAACUAGUUGAGUCUUCGAAAUAUUGUACUGCUCAGGCAACAAUGCCGAUUCCUUGUUAGAUUUGGACAAAUAUCUUCUAUACACGAUGUAUAAUGAAAGUUGGAACCGAUCGUUUACGUGCGAGUACAUCGUAAAUAAUAAGAGACAGAGAAA